AUGUCCGGCUCGAGGCCGGAAUUCCUGCGCUUCACAGGCCACCGGGCCUUCACACAACGCCUCGUGCUGGCCACGCUGACGGGGCGACCAGUGCACAUCUCCAAGAUCCGCUCGUCGUCGCCAACCAACCCGGGCCUGGCCCCGCACGAAAUCUCCUUCCUGCGCCUGCUCGAGGCCGUCACCAACGGCAGCGUCAUCGACGUGUCCUACAGCGGCACCACCAUCACCUACCAGCCCGGCCUGAUUACGGGCACCGUCCCGGGCGUGGGCGUCUCCCUCCCCAGCGACACCAUCGAGCACGUCCUGCCGGCGACGUGCACCCGCGCCGUCACCUACUUCCUCAUCCCGCUCGCCCUCCUCGCGCCCUUCUCCAAGGGCCACAUGAACGUGCGCUUCUCCGGGCCGGGCGUCAUCACCUCCGCGACCCACGGCACGGGCGACCUGUCCAUCGACACCUUCCGCACCGCGCUGCUGCCGCUGUACGGGCUCUUCGGGAUCCCGCCCGCGCGCAUCGAGCUGCGCGUGUUGGCACGGUCCUGCCCGGGCCCGGGGGGCAAGGGCGGCGGCGGGGUGGUGGAGAUGCGGUUUGCCAGCCAGGUGCGGCUCCCCAAGACGCUGCACCUGAACAGGCGGCCGGGGAGGAUACGGCGGAUCCGCGGGGUCGCGUACUGCACCGGCGUGUCGGCCAGUCAUAACAACCGCAUGAUCACCGCGGCGAGGGGGGUGCUGAACCAGCUCGUCUCGGAUGUCCACGUGGCAGCGCAGUACGAUCCGGCACCGCUCGUGGGGGAGAAGGGCAGCGCGCAGAAGAAGAAGACCGGUAUUGGGUUUGGCCUGAGUCUGGUGGCUGAGUCGAGCGCUGAAGGCGUGAUCUACGCGGCGGAUGAGGUGGCACCGCCCGAGGGUGGCGUGGUGCCGGAGGACAUUGGCACGCGGUGCGCCUAUCAGUUGCUCGAGGUAAUCGCCCAGGGCGGGUGUGUGACCGCCGCGGCUGCCCCUACUGUGCUCAUAUUGAUGGCGAUGGGGUCCGAGGACGUCGGCAGGUUAAGACUCGGGAGGGAAGUCGUGGGCCGGGAAGAAAUAAUCCAGUUGGCAAGGGAUCUGAAGACAUUUGGGGCGAGCAGCUGGGGGAUACGGGACGCCGGCGACGACGACGGGGCCGGCGACCUGAUGAUAUCGGUCAAGGGCACAGGGGUUGGAAAUGUCGGCAGGAAAGUAGCAUGA